UUUCCAUCUCAGAAGUUGCAUCACUUGUGAAGUGAAGACCGAGAGCUGCCUUUUUUCUCAUACGGACUUUUGUGGGACUGUCUACUUAUACCGUUCAUAUUGGCUACUACCCAGUGCCACGGGAACCAUGGAAGGAAAGGACUGAGGAAAUGUUGGCGGGGGGGAGGUGGAGGAAGAGAGAGGUCAGAGGAGGAGAUGUGAUGGGAGGAAAUUGACACACAGAGAGAAGCAGCAGCGUGCAGCUGUGUGCGAGCAGGAGACAGAGAAAGAGACACUGAGACACACAUAGGGACACAAGGAGAAAAAAAACAGGACAGAGGAUUAAAGAAGAGAUCAGUAAAAAGGAGAGAGACUUUACAAGAGAUUAUAGAGCCAAAAAGAUUUUGCACUGCUGAACAUUUACCUUGCAUCAGUACCUUCAUCUGGGAGAGGGUAAGGUAUUUAAACCAACCAGAACAUUUGAUAUGGGUCACACGGCCAGUCCAAGACUAAACCUAGUAUAUGGGUUCAGCCUAACUGACAGGGCUUAUGGACAAGGAAGGAUGUAAGGAAUAAAGGAAUCUGAAAGAGAUGAUUGGAAGACAGAGUCUGAAUAUUAAAGAGGGAAGAGGAGACAAUUUAACAGAGUGGAACAAUGAUACUGAUAAACAAAAUAAAUAAAACCGCCCGGAACAAGCAACAAGACUGGCAGUAAGAAGAAGAGGAAGAUAGAGUGUAUCAACCAUUGUAGCCAAAACACCAUAGUUACAGACCUCAGAUUAAUUAUCAAAGAGACAAGACAUUUGCAAUAUCAUCGAUGAAUCCCCUCCCGUGAAAUGCAGUCUGAUGACCUUUUUGCGCGUAAACUACGCCAAACCACAACCAGAUCAUCACCUCAAAAGAGCUCCUGUGAGUCUAAACCAUUUACAACUGCAAGCAGCCAUAAACGCAACGGGAGUGCACGCUCUCUUUCAGAAUCUGAUCCUGAUUACCGUGACAAAGGGACAAGUAGCCCAUCUGCUCCCCGCUUUAAAGAUCCAUUUCUACUAUUGGGGCUGGCUGGAAUCAGCCAGGGGCCCCAGGCCCAAGAGUCCAAGGAGAGAUCAACAGAAGGAGACCAUGUGGCCUCCCGACCUAAGACUUUUGCUCAUCAUGAUGUUCAGAGCCUUUUAUUUGACCCAUUUCAGAGAAGAGAAUCUGAAGGUUGGAAAAACGUAAGGAGUGGAGCAUCUGCUGCGUCUCAGCACAGGACUACUUGUUCACCUAGGAGAUCGUUGCCCUCUCCAGAGGAGCCAGGAGACACUGGAGAUGGGAAGAACAAUGAGCUUCUUCUCAGUUGUCCCUAUUUUCGCAAUGAAGUAGGAGGAGAAAAAGAAGAUGGUGAAGAAGACAGAGGAUGGGACUUCUGUACAGCUUUAGGUGGCCAUCUUCCCUAUACCAACUGCCCAGUAAGGGGGCCCAAUGCAGCAGUAUCUGUGUUGGAAGAAGCCAGAGAAAGACUGAGAGGAAGCUGCUAUUUUGUGGAGUAUCAAGACUUGGGGGCAUUGUAUUACCGAAAAUAUUUCUACGGAAAAGAACAUCAGAACUUUUUUGGAGUCGACGAAAGACUUGGUCCUGUGGCCAUAAGUUUAAGAAGAGAUGAAAGAGAAAGAAACCAGAGUGUGCAAUACAAUUACCGCAUACUCUUCCGCACCACUGAAUUAAAGACCUUACGUGGAUCAAUUCUGGAAGAGGCCUUUCCCUCAACCAUUCGUUCCAGUUCAUCAAGAGCUAUAUCACCAAAAAAGGUCUUUGAAUAUGUUGUGCCCGAGGUUAAUUUGCAAUGUCUACGUUUGGCAUCCAACUCUCCCAAAGUGCCAGAUACUCUGCUUAAACUGGAUGAGCAAGGGCUCAGUUUCCAGAGAAAGAUUGGUAUCUUAUACUGUCGUGCCGGACAAGGAACCGAGGAGGAGAUGUACAACAAUGAGACAGCAGGACCAGCCUUGCAGGAUUUUCUAAAUCUUUUGGGAGAUGAAGUCCUUCUCAAGGGAUUUGAUAAAUACCGAGCACAGCUGGACAUCAAAACUGACAGCACGGGGACACAUUCACUCUACACCCGUUAUCAGGACUAUGAGAUCAUGUUCCAUGUGUCUACCAUGCUGCCCUACACCGCAAGCAACAGCCAGCAGCUCCUCCGGAAGCGGCAUAUUGGCAAUGAUAUUGUGACCAUCGUUUUUCAAGAACCAGGAGCCCUCCCCUUCACCCCACGAACUAUUCGCUCUCACUUUCAGCACGUCUUCCUUGUGGUGCGAGUCUACCAACCGUGCACUCCACACACUUCGUACAGUGUAUCCGUAAGCCGUACUGCUGAUACGCCACAGUUUGGGCCUCCUCUAACUACAAAAUGCUUCCGUCACUCCCCAGAGCUACGAGACUUUUUGCUGUCGAAAGCAAUAAAUGGUGAAAACGCUGCAGAGCGUGGAGGAAAAUUCCUGGCUAUGGCUACAAGAACCAGGGAAGAGUAUUUAAGGGACCUAGCUAGGGAUCAUGUGACAACAGCCACCCUGGACUCUUGCUCUUCCAAACUUGCUAUUUUGGGUCUUUCCAAGAAAAGGGACAGAGCAGGCAGUGCUGGCCCAGGGGACAAGGCAGGAAAAGGUCCUUGUUGGCCCUACUCAUUUCCACCAGAAUUCCACAGUCCUGGAGCUUUAGUGUGGUCUGUAAGAGCCAGAAGCUUCUGUAUCCCAGAUGGUCCCUAUUUGUUGGGUAUCUCUUCUCAGAUGUUGGUGUUGGUGGAUGCAGGAAAAGAGAGAGAGGGGGCUGUGUGUUUCCAUUGCUCAUGCCGGGAUGUGUUGGGUUGGGCAUACUCCUCAAAAGGAGGACUGGAUCUGUAUUAUGGACGUGCAGGGAGACUAGAGCUCCAGCCUGUGGGUAAUUCUGAUGGGGAAAUAGAGAAAGAAGUCAUCAGGAUUGUAAAGAGGCUGCAGGUGGUGUCUGGAGGCUGUGAGACUCGGGAAAUCCCUUUGCUAAGAAAUGGCCUUGGGCAGCUCGGAUUUAAUGCAGAUUCAGGGGGGUUUGUAACAGACGUGGAAAGAUUCAGCAUGGCAGAGACUGUUGGGCUUUGCCCUGGGGCACGGCUGGUAGCCAUCUGUGGUCAGCCCUUUUGCUUACUGACCCCUGAGAAUGUCCGCACUCUAUUUCUCAGUGGCAAGAAGGUUACAGUGACCACUUUGCCUCCAGAUGAGACAGGAAAACCUCGCAGGAGCUUUUCAGAGAUGUAUGUGAGGUCACUACAGGAGCAGAGAAUUCUGAGGACCUCAGAAGGUGAUGAUGAGAACAUAGAGAGCCCAAGGAGAGUGGACCCAGCGCCUGAAACUCAAAAGCUCCUACGCACCCUGUCUGUGCAGGAAGAGAGGACUGAGUUCAGGUAUAACAGUGACCUUGCCCCUCCAGACCUGAUCCCUCAACCAGAUCCGGCAGAAGUUGAAAUGAUUGUAGACGACGGUCAUGAGGAGGAAGACAUUACUGAGCCAGGCACGUUCGUUCAGGAGGAGCGUCUCUCAACCUCUCUCGCUAUGCAGGAAUCUAUCAGCAAAACCGCCGCGUUCUCUUCGAAUCAGCAGUCACUUGAAGACGAAUGGAAGAGCAUCUCGGAUCUGACGCUAGCGUGUAACAGCAUACUGGAGGCAAUGUCUAAAGAAGGUCAGGAGUCAGAGGUCACUAAUGAUUUGGGGAGUCAGAGUCCCCCCCCUACCGCUUCUGGGAAUCUCUCGAAUAAAGUCACAGAGUUGGAAAUAAGCUGAAACGACUGCAAGAGGAGCUAAAGAAGGAGAAGGAGGGCAGAGCUCAGCUGCAAGCAGAAGUGCAAAGUCUGAAAAGGACACAAGAGGAAGCUUUCACUGGAGCCAUGCCCGUGGGGGUGGGGCAAAGAUACUCAGGGGUGGUGCUGGAAAAUGUGAAGGACCAACUAUUGACUGUUCAGAUACUAUUGAAGACUGAAGAGAGUGCCAAAAGAUGAAGGGGGUUGGUAUGAAAGAGGUGGAGAAGUGGAUUGCUGAUUGUACCCAGCAAUUGAUGAGACAGAAGAAACAAUGAUGAGGCAGUCAAAUCUUUGUAAAAUGGAUGAAUGGACCAAUCAGAGAAGAAGAAGGCAAUCUUUAAGGAGAAAAAAGAAAAUUAUUUGGUCUGUGGACUGAAAACUCAAUCAAUGAGUAAAAACAACCACUUGCCACAAAAGGGGAUUUUUUUUUUCUUUAAAGAGAACAGUAUUUUAUCUUUUAAUUCAGGGACAGGUUAAUAAACUGUGAAGGGUUAAUAGUGGCGUCCAAUGUGGAAGAAAUUACUAAAGCGUCACUUUAUUGGGGAGCAAAAACAUGAGUAUUUUUAUUACACAGAUUUUAAAAAAAUGUCUUGGAUAAAGGAGAAUAGGCAUAAGCCGACUAAGUGAUGUUCUGCAAAUCCUAUAUUUGUUUAGAGAUAUUCUGCAGGCAGGAGUAGAAGAGGAAAUCACAUGCAGCAAAUGGCUCAGUAGACAAAUAAUCAGGAAGAGGAGUGUUCUACAAAGGAACAGGUCUACUGGUUGCCGAGCAUGGCGAAUGCGCAACAGAGAUGCUUUGGGGUAAAUGCUGGAUAAGAGGCAUGUUAGUUAGCACAAUACAGUAGUGACAAAGAGAAUGUGACCAAGAGUGGAAUUAGUAGACAUGUUUUGUAAGGACAAUAUUCUGCACAGAAGAGGUUAGCACAGGUGUAUGUUAGUAGACAAAUAUUAUACAGCAGUGUUUUAAUAAAGAAAUGGUAUAAGUCUAUGUAUAAAUAACAGGGAUAUAAAGGUGUUAAUAUAGAGAGAUUCUGGGAAGAAAUAUACUAUAGAGGAAGGAGAAAGAGAGGUUUUUUGGGUCCUUGUGGAGGACAGAGGUUCUACAGGGCAUUGAGAUGUCUGCAUUAAAGCUAUCAGUGCAGGUAUUUUCUCAGGGCAGAAAUCAAUGGAUGGAUGGACUUCAGUAGAGUCGUUAGUGGUGCAAUAGGGAGAGCUAGAUCUAAAUUUUACUGCAGUAGAUGUGAGAUACUUUGCAUAAGAGUGGUUAGUGAAGGGGAUGUCAGUAGGACAAUGCUCUAGAAUUAGGUUAUCAAUUUAAUAAUACUCUGAGGGUGAGGUUCUAUUGGGCUCUACAAGACAAUGCUAAUAGUAAUUUCUCCACAAGGGACAUACUAAUGUGACAAAGCUCUGCAGGGAAGACUUCGCUCCAGUAGAUAAUUGACGUAAUGAAGGAAAUGGAGCAAGUUUCUGCAGUGCUGAAGGAGGGGGGUUAGGGAGCUUUUACACAAGAAGAUAUUUAAUGGGACCAUGUUCUGCAGGACGGACUAUGUUCUCUUGAACAAUUGCAGCUAUGCCAGGUAUAGGGCAACAAAGCAAGUUCUGCAGAGCUGAACUAGUGGAUGGGGGGAAUUGUUUUGCAGGGGUAUAUUUAAUGGUCUUCAGGGAAAUUGUUAAGAAAACGCACUUCACUGAAUGGUUUUGUAAAUGUGUCUUCCGGCGGCCAUCUUAAAAGUUCGCCAUUAUGAAUGUAUACGUGGGAAAAUAAAUGGGGGAAAA